AUGGGGAAUUCUUUAGGACGCUCGAUUAGAGUAGAUGAAACAACUCUUAAGAGAGAAAUUGGGUAUUAUGCUAGUGUUCUGGUUGAAAUGGAUAUGUCAAAUUAUAUUCCUAACAAAAUAUGGGUUGAAUCCAAGUAUGGAAGUUUUGAACAAAGAGUUCAUAUACCAAAGGUUCUAAAGUUUUGUAUUCACUGCCAAGUUGUAGGUCACUCAGUUACAGAAUGUAGAUCAAAGAAUAAAGUUCCAGAGCAUGGAGAAGCAGAACUUGUAAUUCAAACUAAGAAAAUCUGGAGAAGGGUGAAAAAUAAAACUAAGGUUGGUUUUGAUAUUUGCUUUGGAGAUGAUGAAACAACUCAUAAUACUCAACAUGUACUGGAUAAUGAAGAUGAGAUUUUUGAUGCCAUCAUUCCUCCAAUUUCAAAAAGUGGGGAUGAUAAUAUUUUAGAUGAAAAUAAGCAAACUGAAGUGGUGGUAAAUUCUGUUUUAUCUGCAUCAAAAUUUUUAGAAGUAACUUCAAGUGCACCCUCUAUCAAUGAAGUUGUUACAGUGAUUCCUCCACUGGGGAAGUUUGGUUCAAAUGUAGAAAAUCAAGUAAAGCAGAAGACAGGUGCAAAUGUUACAACUAGAAAGCAGGCUGCAAGUUUAAUAUCAAAUUUGAGUAAAAAUGGGAACCUGAGAAGAGCAAAGCCAAAAAUAAGAUAUUCUACAGAUUUCAUCAAAAAAUUGAAACUAGCUGGUAUGCACUAUGAAAUUAUUCAUAAUUCAUCUGAGUUAAAUAAAGGUAACAUAUGGAUGCUUUGGAGUGAUUCAAUAAAACCUCCAUCAAUAGUUUCAUGUACUAGUCAAGAGAUAACAAUUUCAGUAGGUGAUACUUUAAUAACUGGAGUUCAUGCAUCAUCCUUAACUGUUGAUAGAAGAGAGUUGUGGAAUAAAAUAGAGGAAAUAAACUCCUUAAAUAAACCUUGGUUGGUAAUAGGUGAUUUUACUGUUGUUACUUGUCAGGAAGAAAAGGUAGGUGGUCUAAAACCUUUAAGAAUCUCAAUGUUGGAGUUUAAUAAUUGCUUAAGCAGCUGUAGUCUGAUAUCUUCACCAAAAACUGUUCUGGAAUUCUCUUGGUGUAAUAACAGAGCUGGAAGAAAAAGAAUUGUUUGCAAUCUUGACAGGGUUGUAUUUAAUGAUAAAUGGCUAGAAUUAUAUCCAAGUUGGGGUUACAAAAUUGGUGCAAGGGGCAUUUCAGAUCAUGGAGUUUUGUAUGGUGCUAGUGGUGACAUUCCAAAACAAAAAAAUGUUCCCUUCAAAGCAUUAAAGCUGAAACAAGUUGAAGAAGAUGUUAUGAAAGCAAUUCUAUUAUCUGACAGAAAUCCUUUGGAUUUGCAUCUGCUCAAUAAACUUGUGACUUUUAAGAGGGCAACAAGAGAAAAACAAGAAGAUGGCAUUACUUCUAAUCAAGAGGAGAUAGCUGGCAUUUUAGUCAAGCAUUUUGAAGACAAAUUUACAUUUCAAGAAGUUUCUAUGGCAACUAGUAUUCUUAAUGAUAUUCCUGAGGUAGUGAAUGAAGAAGAAAAUGAUAUGAUUGAAGCUACUCCAAAUACAGAUGAAAUAAGAGAAGCUGUUUUUGAUUUAAACCCAGAUAGUGCACCUGGUCCAGAUGGCUUUGAUGGAUGGUUUUAUAGGGAAGUAUGGGAGAUAAUUGGGGAAGACUUCAUCAGAGCAAUCCAGUUUUGGUGGAGUAGAGGAUUCAUUCCUAAUGGAUUAAAUGCAAAUUUCUUAUUACUUCUUCCAAAGGUUAAAAAUGCUAAAAGAUCAAAUCAAUUUAGACCAAUUGGAUUGAUGAAUUUCAGCUUUAAGGUUAUUACAAAAAGUAUUACAAAAAGGUUAACUGAAAUCAUUAAAAAAAUGGUAUCUCCUCAACAGGGUUCCUUCAUCAAAGGGAGAAAUAUUCAAGAAAAAAUUGCUUUAGCUUCUGAAUUAGUAAAUGAUUUGGAACACAAGAGAAGAGGUGGUAACAUGGGAUUGAAGCUAGACAUCACUCAGGCAUAUGACUCUCUGAGCUGGGAAUUCAUGUUCCAAGUAAUGCAAAAAUUUGGAUUCUCAAAUGAUAUUUUCAUAUUCUGCAAUGCUGAUAAGAGAAAUGUGAGAAAACUUCUGAAGGUCUUACAAGAAUAUCAAGCUGCUUCUGGACAAGUCAUUAGUUUAGGAACAAAGCAAAUGCUUUAUUGGUGUUUUCCCAUAUAUACAAUGGCGGUAUACAAGUGGCCUAGAACAAUAAUCAAGGAAUGUGAAAGAAUCAUCAGAAAUUUUCUAUGGACUGGUGAUCCUUCUUCAAGAAAAGUUAUUACACUAAAAUGGGAUUCUGUUUGCUCUCCUAUAGAUGAAGGUGGUCUAGGUCUGAGAAGAUUGGAAAUCCUUAAUAAAGCUCGCUUAAUUAAGUUGUUUUGGAAAAUUAUAAAUGGAGAUGAUGAAAUGUCAAGAUAUUUUCAAGCUAAGUAUCAAGACAGAAAUGGUGACUGGAUUCGGUAUUACAGAAAAUCCUCUGUAUGGCCAGAUGGUGAAUGGGUAAUUCCAACUGAAAUGUUGGAGAUGUUUGAUAUAAGUGAAUUGCCAGCUGCUGAUAAUCAAGAAGAUAGAAGAGUUUGGAGCCUUACCAUAACUGGUGAAUUCACAGUAGCUUCUGCAGUGGAAUCUAUCAGGAAGAAAUUUCCAAAACUACAAUGGACUUAG